UAACUCCCGUUAUAAUGAACACCACUUGUUGUCUGCGCGGGCAGUGCGUCGACCGCACGCCCUUCUAUUCACGCGAAUGUAUCAUCUUCACAUUCGGACAAUAAUUCGCGUAUAAAAGUGUGCCGCACAAUUUUGUAAUUAUUAUUUAUUGAUUUUAAUCUGAGUUUUAUUCAUAAAAUGUGUUCAAAAAGUUUAUACAUCUAUCUUCAUUUGGCGCUCGUAGCUGGCUGCGUGGUUGCUGAUUGCGGUCCAAGAUUGAAAUACACGUGGGGCGAUGCAUUACAAGGAACAGAUUGUGCAGGCCCUGAUGGAACACCCUACCCUAGGCAUUUAGUAAACAGAGCUCUUAAGUCAGGGCCAUGGCAGUCAUCGCGGCAGGGUCGUGGAGUUCGGACGGUGGACCCAGCAGUCAUGAGAAGAGCGUUAUUAGACGCACACGCUGGUUAUUCAGAAGGCUCUUUUGGCCACGGCAGCAAUAGAACUGGUCGCGCCUUAAACAUGCCCAGCCUAUCUUCGGCGCCCACGAACUCCUGUGGGGGUGGCCGACUGUGCAGAACGAGGUACAACACUACAGCACCUAUGUAUGGCGUCUCUUUGACCUCGGGACAGCCAGUCACCAUCGUGCAGAAAUUCCCUGAUUUACUGCAGCAAGUCGUCUUUGAGGUUUGCGAAUCCAGCGAAUGCUCAUUGGUACGAGGCACGUGUUCACAGACGUACGUGCCAUACCUAUUCUUGGUGCUCCCACUAGGUCCUGUCACCCUAACAGGCCAAGACUACGUGCUCGUAGAGUCUGGUUGUGUCUGCAGGCCAGACCCGGCGCCAUAGACCCGCCAUAGACAUUCUAGACCAUUUGCUAUCAAAAUAAUUGUAGGAGAAUUCAAAUCCGUCCAGUUAGAGAAUUUGUAAUGGCGUCUUUCCGCCAUUUUGGGGAGAAAUUAUUUAUUUUGUUUAAAAGUUUUCUUGUUAUUGUAGUUGCUGCCAGGCAAUCGAUGAACGAAAUAGUUUUCAUACAAAGAGCGUAGUUUCUAGUAGCCACUUCUCAAUGCUUUGGGAUUUGUGAAUGUGGUUGCAUUGAGCACUGUUAGCACUAUUUAAUUGAACGCGGAAACUGUAGACUGUUUCAAAUUAUGUAUUUUUUCUAUUAUUUUAGAAUUGGGUAUAAAGAGGAGUAUUUUCUUUAAAAGGAAGACUUUACUAUUGGUAUUAAAGGGUGCAUUUAUUAACUGUAAAAUCGCCGAAAAAUUAUCAAACAAGUAAUUUGUCGGCCAUUUUUCAUUAAAAGUUAACUUAUUAAACAGACUGAAUAUUAAUUUUAUAUUUUUGUUAAUUUAUUAUAGAUAUUUAUAUUUAUUCUAUGUGCCGUCGUGUGACGGUUCAAAAUAUUUAUUGAAUAAAAUAACGAAUAGGUUUUAUGAGAGAACUUAUGAUUAUUGUGAAUAUAUAAUUUUAUUUUACAACAAUAUGACUUAUACGAAUCGCUCAUGUUACGUUAAGUUACGAACAACGAAUGUAUCAAAGAUUUAAUAAAUUUUAAUGGAAAUAA